GUGUGUGCCUGUCUGUGUGUGUGCCUGUCUGUGUGUGGGGCUGUGUCGUGUGUGGCUGUAUACUGAUUUUCAGAUUGUCUAAGCACGGUAGGUUUGUUGGUCAUGUGUUGAAAGGAGAAACAGGAGAUCGUCCGCCGUUCAACUCAAGGUGAGGUGCUGGUUAAAUUACUUGGUGCUGGUUGGGUUUUGACUGAAUUAGCAUUUUAGUUGUCUAUUAAUAGAUUUUUUUGGGAAAAUGUUUUCUGUACUGCCUAUGUCAUUCUAUGCAAAUAUUUGGCUUUAAAUUUGUCCUGGGAUGAAAGCUUUAUAAGUUGGCUGUGAUUAGGAAAUUUUAAAUGCUGCAAUGUCGUGUUACAUUUCCUUUUUACACGCACACAUCCACCCAACAGUCUAAAUUCUACCUCUGUCCACCAUAUGCAAUGUGUUUUAAAUGCCGUGCUUUAGCCCAUAUAUUGAUUUCACAUGUGCGUGUGUGUAUUUAUUGCACCUAUCUGUUCUGUUUAAUGUUCAUUUCAUAUGAAAACACAUGGUUAUAAUUACAUAAAUACAUCUCUGUACAGGGUGGGGUUUUCAACAUGCAGCCUUUCUUGAUGUGUAUUUGUAAAGGGAAAUCUUGUACCUAUUUUGAAACAUUCUAUUUUUCUUAUUGUGAAAUCAUUAGAUGCCCCGUGCUUCGCGCGCUUCGUCUGUAGCCAAGAUGAAGUGGAAGAGGAUUCUUCCCAUGGCGACGACUCUGGCCAGAGGCUUCGAGCCUGUGCGUGGCACUGGAGCACGUCACCGUGUCGAGCCGUGGCCUGUCUCUGCCCACACCGGGAAGACCAAUCGAUUGGUUCUCCCUCCUGAGUCUCCAGAUAAGCAGUUUGUGCUGUUUGUGGGCGACUCGCAUCUGCGUGCGUUGGUUGACCGUUACGUGAGGAUGCCAGACGGUUGCCUUUCGUUUGGGUUCCUGUCUACGCCUGGGGCGUCUGCCGCUGAGCUCCGCACUGAGUUGCUGAACGCAGACAUCCCCAGAACCCCCGACAUCGUUUGCUUGCUGGCUCCGAGCAACAACCUCACGGCGACGCCAGGCAUCGAAGCGGCUGGAGUUGCCUUCGAUGGACUUCUGAGAGCUGCCCGCAGUCGAUGGCCUAAGGUGUUUGUGCUCGAUUUCCCUCCCCGGCUGGCGAGUGAAUUGGCACCGCAACAAUUCCUUCGAGAGGAGUUUCGUCGCGUUGCAGCAAAGAACGAUGUUAAGUACUGCGUCACAGCUGACCGCUUUCCGCUGGACUCGCGUGCCUUGUGGAGUCGUGAUGGGAUCCACCUGAGUGACGAUCUGGGGAUGCCGCUUCUCGCGAAGCUUCUGUGGCACUUCUCCUUUCUGCAGCUACAGUCACCUCUGCCUGUUACACCUCCGCCUGUGUCUCCUCCCAAGUCACCCCCGACUGUGAGACCCUUUGCUACCACCGUGGUUGUGAAGGGAGAGGUUUCCCGUCCACGUCCCCUUGACCCCUUCAAGGAAACUGUCGUCGGACGUCGCGGAAAGCGCAGCCAACCUGAGUCCUGGGAUGCGCCUGAGGACUGGGAUCAGUCUUCCGUGCGGAUCCUUCCUCAUGAGGUUUGUGUGCCUCCUCUGGUCCUGAGGGAGUGCUUUGUCGUGCUAAACCCUAUCCGGUUUAGCACUGACAAGUUGGCUGCAAUGGAUCGCAUUGUUCCAUCCAACCUUGACGUCCCCAUGGGGAAUCGCUCAAAGGUAAUUUGUGUGAUUUUAAUAUUAACUGUUUGUGAGUGCAUACAUAUUAAUAGCGCCUGUAAUCCUAUAUGACAAGCUUUACAUUGUAUGGUACAGAUAGUUGCAUUGAUAACAAAUGUGUUAUAUUUCAUUAACUGUUAUCAUUUCCGUUCUCUUCCAUUAUGAUAGAAACGGAAGGUGGCACAUUGAACCACGGCUGUGGUCUCCAAAGGAAAGAAGGCCCGCCUUGAGGUUGGUAAUUUCUCAGUGAAAUAUGUACUUGUUUUUUGGUUGAAACACAGGAACAACUAUUUUCUGAUUUCGCCUUUAACACAAGAGAUAGUCCAACAUUCUCUGUGUAGGUAUUGUUUUGCCAAUGAUUUACAAUUAUUUUCCAGGCACUUCCAACUCCAGCAAGGAUUGCCAAACCUUCGAAGCUGGUACCUCCCCCUCGACCUGUUCCAGAAGCUGCUGUACCAGCCACUCUGGAGGGCAGCGUCUUUGUGCCUUCGAGCAAGUUUGCUCAACCGGAGGGGGAUGACCAGACUCUGUGUUGAUGAGUGGCCGUUUCUUCAAACAGAGUUUUGUGAGAAGGUGAACCAGCCAACUCCUCGGGUUGUCUCUGGACAGAGAAAACAAGAGGAGCCAACACCUUGGGGGCCAAAAGUUGUGAUGGCCCAGGCUGAUAAACCAACAGCUAAUGAGACCAGCUUCUUGGGAUGUUCA